UUGCGCCACUCUUAAUCAGUCGGCUAUGGACUGUCAAUGGUAACGCACCGUUACUUUGACAUUUUGUUACAUUUCUUUCUUUUAUGGUUGAUUAGUAAAAAAAAAGAACAAUUAAUUAAGUUCGCUCAUAAACAUUGUAGAUUCUAAUUCCGCUCAUAUUGACAACUUCAUAGCCGUGAAUAUACAGUUAAUUUAACGUUAUAAGUUGUAUAAAAUUCAUUAAGAGAACAUUUGAUCAAUAUGGUAUACGCAAUCGUCUUGUCAGUGAUAGCCGGCGCCUUGGGUCUCUACUACUUCCUCUUCAAGGAUCUAAAUUUGUUCAAGAAGCAUGACAUACCACAUCAGAGACCACUGCCGUUAUUCGGCAACAUGGCAGCGACCAUCUUUCGUAAGAAGUCGGUGGGCGACAUCGUGAAAAUGGUGUACGACAGGUAUCCCGAAACCAAGUACGCCGGCAUGUACGACAUGAUCUCGCCGGUAAUAAUGCUACGCGACCCCGAGCUCAUCAAAUCCAUCGCACUCAGGCACUUCGACAAGUUCAUGAAUCACAACACCUUCGUCCGUGAGGAUCAAGAGCCGUUAUUCGCCAAGAAUCUUUUCAACCUUCGCGGUAACAGGUGGCGCGUGGUGAGAACAUUGUUGAGUCCGACGUUCACAUCCAGCAAGAUGAAGAACAUGUUUAAACUAAUGUCGGAAUGCGCAGUCGACUUCACUAACUUCCUAGCGGAAUUGCCGGCAGAGCGAAAGAUGAUGGAGACGAAAGACAUCUUUACGAGGUAUACUAACGACGUAAUUGCCACCUGCGCCUUCGGCGUCAGCGUUGACUCCAUGCGGAACCCGAAGAAUCUCUUCUACCUGUACGGCAGACAGGUAGCGGUCUUCGAUAUCACGGCAUUCUUGAAGUUCAUCAUACUUAGGAUCAUGCCUAGAUUGGCGCAGCUAUUCAGAGUGAAGGUAAUUCCUAGGAAGAUCGCCAUGUUCUUUCAGGACCUCGUGGAGACCACCAUCAGGACCAGGGACGAGAAAGGUAUCGUUCGGCCGGACAUGUUGCAACUAAUGAUGGAAAGUAGAGGUAAGAAAGACAGUAAGGGCAAAUUGACGAUUGAGGACAUGACCACCCAGGCCUUCACCUUCUUCUUCGGCGGUUUCGAUAGCACUUCGACGUUGAUGUGCUUCGCCGCGCAUGAGAUCGCGGUGAACGAGGACAUAAGGAAGAGAUUGCAGGACGAGAUCGAUCAGGUCCUGGAGGACACGAAUGGCCAAGCGCCCUAUGACGCGGUCAACGGCAUGGAAUACUUGGACGCUGUGCUGAAUGAGACUCUUAGAAUGUAUCCAGUCGCCGUGGUAACGGAUAGAGUAUGCAUGGAGGAUUUCGAAUUGCCACCGACGUUACCUGGAAAGAGGCCCUAUACUAUGAAGAAGGGGCAAAUCGUCUGGAUACCGAUUUAUGGACUUCACCAUGAUCCUGAAUACUUCAAGGAACCAGGGAAAUUCGAUCCCAAACGGUUUCUUGGCGAGCAGAAGAAACAUACCAUGAACACCGGAGCUUAUCUGCCGUUCGGUUUGGGCCCCAGGAUAUGCAUAGGUAAUCGAUUCGCUCUGUUGGAGACGAAGGUGUUACUUUUCCACUUGCUGGCGCGUUUCGACCUGCUACCUUGCGAGAAGACACCGAUACCGCUCAAAUUAGCCAAGGAUGGCUUCAAUAUGAAGGCCGAAGGUGGUUUUUGGUUGAAAGUAGUGCCGAGGAAAGAUCCGCAUCGCACCAUUGCAGUCAAUUGUGAGGUUGAAACGAGCAGACUGUAGGAGAAUUGUUGUUAACUUGCUAAGUCUUGAGGAUUUAUAUGUAAAAAAUAUUCAGAGAAUCGUACAAAGUAAUAUUUAUAACAUUUAUACAAAAUAAUAUUUAUAAAAAAUAAAAGCUAUGAUCUCAUAUGGUAAGUUAAUUUUAUGAUUUUUUAUGAAUUAAACAAUAAUUCACUUUUAUACGAUGUGCACCGAGAUCAUAGACGAUAUAAAAAUCGAUUAAAUUUCUUUCUGCGAUACAGAAAACAAUAUCUAUUGGAUCAAAUUAAUAUUAUUUUUGCAAAGGAUAAGAAGCUUAUCAUGUACAAGAACGGUUACAUUAAUUAAUAUAAUUUCUUUAAUUAGCGUGUAGAUAGCAAAGGACACUUUUUGUUUGAGAUAAAUGUACAACAUAUAUAAAUCCAAAAGUCAUUAAAGAUCUAUGUGUACGGAUAGUAGCUUAGAAAUAUAAAUAAAACUUUAUUAGUUAUUCCAGAAUUAUCAACUUUUGUCCGAAACUCUUCUCCUCACUGUUGGACUUUCGAACAGAUUUUAUCUUAUUGAUUUUAUUCCGUCUUACUUUCUCACGAGAAAUAAUUUUCGACGAUUAUUACACUGAAUUUUACUUAUGUUAUCAGAGAAGAUUGUUGAAGAUCUAUCAUUGAAAUUAUCUACGUGUAAGUCAAGAAAAGAAAAGAGAAACAGCGAGUUGUGUUCUCUCGCUCAGAAUUUUAAAUCUGCAGCCCGACUCUGAACGCGGACCUCAAGAAGCAAAUACAUGCGCAGUCGACCUCCGCCAGACACCAACGCUUCUUGAUCAAACCAAUUUAAUCGAAUCAGUGCUUCUUUGUGGGGCUUUUUCUCGCAUGAGUCUCGUCGCUAAAACACGACCGCUUUCGCUUUCAGGUGCGACCCUGACCUUUCUCAAACUCCAUCUCUUCAGAACGGAGCAAGCUAUCGUUCGAAACAAGGCUGUUCAAGUCGAUCAAAAGGCGGAGAGUCAAUUUCACGAUGAGGAUCGACUGGGCAGGAAAACCCGUCGAUCAAUCAUCGGCUUGAAAUUAAAUAAAAAUAACUGUCUUUACGACACUUGAAUCGGCCAUUUCGUGUCGUCGCGGGAUAAGCCAAAGCAACACAACUGUCAACUAAAGUGAUUUCUUGAAAAUAAAAGGCCUAUAGCGUUUCGAAAUACACUGACUUCCUUUGCCUAAGAAGUUCCUUUUCGGCACGCAGCGAAUUCCGACCGGGCAAUUUUCACGGCACUGAGCUCUCCGGUAUUACCGUCAGCGGC